CAGAAACACGAGAGAGAGAGAGAGACGAAGAAAUGGCUUCUUCCCUAACCUCGAGAUGCCUCAGAAGCCUACUUCUUCUCCCUCGCACCCAAACCCUCCUCGUCUCCUCUGCAACUCAGUCCUUCUCCACCAACCCACAAAAACCCCCCCAAUCCGACUCUCUCCAAUUCAAUUCCGACACUGUCACGGAAACUCUUACCUCGUACUGCAACGAUUGGCAACGCGCCUUCGAGUUCUUCACGUGGGUCGAGACCAACUGCCGCUUCCUACACACCACCGACACCUACAACCGAAUGCUCGACAUCCUCGGCAAAUUCUUUGAGUUCGAUCUCUCCUGGGACUUAAUCCACCGAAUGAACCAAAACCCAGUUUCCGUCCCGAGCCACGCCACGUUUCGCGUCAUGUUCCACCGUUACGCCGCGGCUCAUCUCGUGAAAGAAGCCGUCGAGGCUUAUAAUCGGUCGGAGGAGUUCGGUUUGAAGGACGAGACGACGUAUUCUAAUCUUAUUGACGCGCUUUGUGAUCAGAAGCACGUUAUUGAGGCGCAAGAUUUGUGCUUUUGGAAUGGCAAGGAAUUGGGGUUCGAAAAGAGUACGAAGAUUUAUAAUAUGAUUCUUCGUGGGUGGUCUAGAGUGGGGUGGUGGAGUAAGUGUGGGGACUUUUGGGAGGAGAUGGAUAGGAGAGGUUUGGAAAAGGAUUUGCAUACGUAUUCUAUAUAUAUGGAUAUAUUGUGCAAGAGUGGGAAGCCAUGGAAGGCUGUGAAAUUGUAUAAGGAGAUGAAGAAGAAAAGGAUCAAAUUGGAUGUGGUGGCGUAUAACACCAUUGUUCGAGCGGUUGGUCUCUCCGAAGGCGUCGAUUUUUCGAUGCGGGUGCUUAGAGAGAUGAGGGAGCUGGGUUGUCAGCCCAAUGUGGUAACUUACAACACACUCAUAAAGCUUUUGUGUGAAAAUGGGAGAUACAGGGAAGCCUCGAAGGUGCUCGAUAAAAUGCCUGAGUGGGGUUGUUCGCCGGAUGUGAUUACUUAUCAUUGCUUUUUCGGGUCUAUGGAGAAGCCGAAAGAGAUUCUUAGACUGUUUGAUAGGAUGAUUGAUAGUGGUAUUAGGCCGAGGACGGACACUUAUGUGAUGCUUAUGAGGAAGUUUGGGAGAUGGGGGUUUCUUCGGCCAGUUCUUGUUGUGUGGAAAAAGAUGGAGGAACUCGGGUGCAGUCCGAAUGAUGCCGCUUACAAUGCUCUGAUUGAUGCUCUGAUUGAUAAGGGGAUGUUAGACAUGGCUAGAAAGUAUGACGAAGAGAUGUUGGCAAAGGGUCUUUCACCCAAGCCAAGGGCGGAGUUGGGGACAAGACUGGUAACUGAUGAAUGAUCGAAUGAUGAGUAAUGACAUUUUUUAGAGGGAUGGUUGAGGAAUACAUAGGCAGGUUGCUAGAAGAUUGCACGGCUUCAACCUCAGACUAUUGGAGCCAAGAGUAUAGAAGCUAACAUGUGGCAUCUGAAAUUAGGGGCUUAUGGAUUCAUGUUUACAAUGAGAACAUGUUAAGGGCGUAUUUGAAGAGAAAUUCGAUGCCAGGUCAAAACCUAAGAACCGAGGUUUUUCGGAUGGCCGCUCGUAUUUUUCAAGUAGGGUAGGGGAGGCUCGGUUGAUGAGAAUCUGAAUGCUUAUGUAAAGGACGAGCACCGAACAAAGAUGCAGUCAUCACUCCGGAAGGCCCUCUAAGAAAAAGAAAAAAGGAGCAACCGAAACCAAAGGCAAAAAAGAGACUGUAGGCUAAGAAUAAUCUAGCAUUUAUUUUAUUUGCUUUGCUUUGUCUUGCCUAUACGCCAACCCACUAUUCCCUCCACCGAGUUGAACACCAAGACCCCAUUUAA